AUGUCAACACACUACAAAGAAGGUAGCAGAGCAGUGGCCGGGAGCCUUGAGCAAUAUUGCAUCAAGUCAUUGCCAGAAGCUGCUUAUUAUAUUCCAGACUUCAUUACUCGAGAUGACGAAGAGCGGCUGUUGAACAAGAUCACUUCUGUACCGCUACCCCGCUGGACUCACCUGUCCCGGCGGCGCCUGCAAACCUGGCCGUCCGCGCUCACAAACUCGAACACCCUCCUCGACUCACCGCUCCCGGACUGGCUUCGCUCGCCAGUCGUGUCUCGCUUUACGGAACUAGGAAUCUUUUUUGAUUCACCCCACCGCGCGCCCAACCAUGUUCUCAUCAAUGAAUAUCAGCCCGGCCAGGGGAUCAUGCCCCAUGAAGACGGCGCGGCAUAUUACCCAAUGGUGGCUACAGUGAGCAUUGCUGCUCCCAUAGUCUUGGACAUAUACGAAAAGAGAAACGAUGAGGAGCGCAAGGCUUUCACGACAGGUGACUUUAGCGGGAUUCAUGCGAAUGAUAAACCACGAUAUAGGAUAUUGCAAGAACCGCGGAGCUUGCUCAUUACGACUGGAAAGCUGUACACCGACUAUAUGCAUGGAAUAGCCGAAACGACUAGCGACAGUGACCUUGGGCCAGACACGAUAUGCAAUUGGGACCAGGUGGGAGAUACAACCCCUUUCGAACAUGGCAGUUAUGAGAGACAAACAAGAAUCAGCUUAACGUAUCGCGACGUCCUUCGAGUUUCGAAACUUGGAAACACGAUGAAAUUCUUGAAUAAAAGAUAA